UCUGGAGACACAACUUUCCAGUGAGGUUCAUUCUUUGAAAUCCAUAACUAAGCUGCAAUGAAAAUAACUAGCAUAUUCCUUCUGGUUGCGGUGGGGAUCUUCUGUUCCUCAGGCAACGCAGAAGACGGUGGUGAUGCCAAUGAAGGGAUAGAGCCAUCUUGUGAGCAGUAUAACUUACCAGGCUGCCCUAAAAUACUUGACCCCAUCUGUGGCACUGAUGAUGUGACCUAUCCCAAUGAGUGUAUCUUGUGUCUGGAGAAUCGGAAUAUGGGAGUACACACCAGAAUUAAGAAUCAUGGCGAUUGCUGAGAGAUACACUAUGCCACCUGGAGAACUCCAAUGUGGACUGUUGAGGCAUCGCUGAGGAAAACAUGCAGAGACUAUAACUGUUUGUCAAUGAUCUCCUGAAUUUUAUAGUCAAUAAA